AUGACCUUCUCUGGGCUCUCGCAGAAGCAGGUGACGGGGUACCUUCUUUUCUCUCUGGCCACAGCGGUGAUCGGCUCCCUGCAGUUUGGAUACAACACUGGAGUCAUCAAUGCUCCAGAGCAGAAGCUGCGUUCUUUCUUUAACUCCACGUGGAUGGAGCGAUACGGUGAGCCCAUCAGCCAGGGCAUGUGCACCAUCGUGUGGAGCGUCUCUGUGGCCAUCUUCAGCGUGGGUGGGAUGGUGGGCUCCUUCAGUGUGGGAGUCAUGGCCAACCGCUUUGGGAGGCGCAGGUCCAUGUUUCUGGUGAACGUCCUGGCCGUGAUCGGGGGCCUUCUCAUGGGCUUCUCCACCAUCUGCUCCUCCUAUGAGAUGGUGAUCGCUGGACGUCUGGUCAUUGGGCUGUUUUGUGGAUUCUUCACCGGACUCACACCUAUGUACGUGGGAGAGGUGUCACCCACCCCCCUCCGAGGAGCCUUUGGGACCUUGCACCAGCUCGGGGUGGUGGUGGGCAUCCUCAUUGCACAGAUUUUCGGUUUGGAGAGUUUGCUGGGAUCAGAGAAGCUGUGGCCUCUUCUUUUGGCUCUGACGGUGGUUCCAGCCGUGGUGCAGUGCAUCCUGCUCCCGUUCUGUCCUGAGAGCCCACGGUUUCUGCUAAUCAACCUCAAACAGGAGGAGCAGGCACGCAAGGCUCUGGUGCGUUUGCGUGGCACAGAGGAUGUGAGUAAAGACCUGCAGGAGAUGAAGGAGGAGAGUGCAAAGAUGGCUCUGGAGAAGAAGGUCACCAUCCCAGAGCUGUUCAGGUCUGCAGCCUACAGACAACCUCUGCUCAUCGCAGUGAUGCUGCAGCUGUCCCAGCAGCUGUCUGGGAUCAACGCUGUCUUCUAUUACUCCACUGGUAUUUUCGAAUCUGCCGGGGUGAAACAGCCAAUCUACGCCACAAUCGGAGCCGGAAUCGUCAAUGUCAUCUUCACCAUUGUCUCUUUGUUCCUGGUGGAGAAAGCAGGACGUCGCACUCUGCACCUCCUCGGUUUAGGAGGAAUGGCAGUCAGCGCUCUGCUCAUGACCAUCUCUCUGCUCCUGAAACACGUGUCAGUGAUGAGCUACAUUGCGAUCCUGGCUGUGAUGUUAUUCGUGGCCAUGUUUGAGUUGGGGCCUGGUCCUAUUCCCUGGUUCAUCGUGGCAGAGCUCUUCUCUCAGGGCCCUCGUCCCGCUGCUAUGGCUGUGGCCGGCUGCUGCAAUUGGACCGCCAACUUCCUGGUCGGCAUGAGCUUCCCCAAACUAGUGGAGCUGUGUGGCCCUUGGGUCUUCCUCAUCUUCACUGCCUUCCUCAUCCUCUUCUUCAUCUUCACAUUCAUCAAAGUCCCUGAGACCAAAGGAAAAACAUUUGAUGAAAUCGCCCGUGGUUUCAGCGGAGCUCCUCCCCCUACUUCUGAGUCCACCUCUGCCCCCGCAGAUGCACCAACAGAGGGCACCACCUCGCUCACCAUCGACGCCCCCUCCGCGGACAAAGAGAAAGUCCCAUUGGUCGACACUGCCAAAAAUCAAACUACUGCUUCCGAAACAACACCGCUAGACGAUAAGAGUAACGCUACAGUUCAAGAGAGCGUGUAGGAAGUUUAUGUUUUAAAGAUGUAGGUAUUUUUAAAGAAGGAACUACCAAAACAUGAAUGCAGCUUAAGUCAGCAGUUUGAAAAUUGUAGUCUGAGGUUCGAAAAGGGAGUUGAGAAUGGCAUUAACUUGACAAACAUAGGAAAUUACAGUAAGUUUGGUGGAUGGAUGAUGAUAAUUGUUUCCAAAAAGUUGCAAAAGACCAAAAAAGUUGAGAAAUAUUUCUUAAAAUCUGUAGAAAUGAAAGAAGAAUAUAAUGAAGAGAAUAAGAAUAUAAUUUCAUAAUUCUUUCAGACAGAGAAUAAUACUUAUAAAUGUAAAAUAUGUGGCAAAUUCUUCAUCAAAAAUCAAACCUUACUACAGAUUUUUGGAUACUUCAGAUCAAAAUAUCAUUCUAAUUUUUACACAAGAGCUAAACCGUGUUAGUAACAACAACCAUAUUUAAUUGAUAAUAAUAAUUAUAAUAAUAAAGUGUCCCAACAUUGGUCAUAAAUAACCUCUCCUCUUUCACAACAUAUUUCAAAAUAAGAAAAUAAGUCUAAGAUGACUCUGGGAAACACUGACUUAUUUUGAUAGACAGAACAGUGGCAGUUUAAAGCAUUUCCACACUAACUUAUACAACUGCUUCAGACUCUCCAUAUUUUAAACCCAAGCUUUUACUGCGCAGAACUAGAGAUUCAACUCAAACAUUCCUGAAGACUUUUAUUGUGAAAGGGUGAGACAGACUCAUGUGGAGCCACAGCAAAGAUACACAGUACUUUAUAUUAGAAAGUGCAUUGGUUUUUUGAGAAUAAUGAAAAAGUAUGUAUUCAGAUUCUAUUAAACAUAUGUAUUUAUUUAUUUAACUAUUUCCAGGCCUAAGAAUAAAGAAAAUUAUAAUGUCACUGCAGCAUUUCUGAAGCUAAAGAUUUAGGCCUCUAGAUUUUAGAUUAGUAAAAUAUAUUAAUAAUAGAGCAGUAUUUCAGAAAUGAUUUAUUUAGGAUCCACACAUUUAUUAGACAUUGUCACUACUGUCACUUUUUGUGCAAUAUAACAUUUGUAUCAUAUUUAUUUAUAUUGAGAAUUUCGUGUCAAAUACAGGACAAAUAAGGGACAUUUAAAGCCAAAGUUCCACAACACAACACAAGUAACAAUGGUUUUUGUGCAAUGAUGCAUUUUGUCCAGGUGGGGGCACUGCAAACGCUCAUAUGCAAUACCAGUUCAAAUAAAACAUAAUCUUAACAAAACGGAAGAAUUGUUUCAAAAAAUAUAUAUUUAAAGAGGUAAUUAUCGCUUAAAUCAAACAUUUCAAAGUAAAACUGACUAUUUAUUCUCAAACAAAACAACACACCGUUGACAUUAUAGGUAAAGGAGCACUAUGUCACUUUUUGGGGACGCUAUCUGCUUGUUACUCUGGAGAUAUUAUUGCUUUGACUGAACUGUUCCUCUGUAUGGCAUUAAACAUGUCUCUUCUCCACAAACCAGACCUGUAUGAUGCCAUUUUUGUUUCCAUGGAGACUGAUAAGGUUAAUGCCAUACUGUGGAACACUGUAGAAAAGUUACAUAGUACACCUUUAAAAAGAAAUAUAAUCAAAAUAUGUUUCAGUCUGUAUAAAUGGCAUUGUAUUUUACAGUUUGAGGCUCUCGUUUUAAAUACUUAAAAAUCAUGGCCUAUUACUAGUCCUACUACUAAGGACUAUUAUUCUGAAAUAUAUACAGGCACAAUUUAAUAUAACAAACUAUCUUCUUAUAUUGAUACUUUGCAGUGACAUCGCACUGGGGGUGUUCUACAUAUAUGUCUAUUGGCGGAUUUUUCAGCAGGUGACACAAAGCACACAUUAGCAAACACAGCCAAAAACUUUUAAGAUAGUCUGAAAACUCAAGAAAAAAUACCAAAGUGAUUUAAACAUUUUCAGGAUCCUGUGAUCAAUCCGAGCGUUGAUGGUCCUGUUUAGGAGGUUGACUAACUGAAAAGCUGUUGGCUAAUGCUAACUUGUGUCUGUAAUUUAAUGUGUGAGAUAUUACCAGCACAAAUCAGCUCACCUGUUGUAGUUUCAACUAAAUUGUGUUCAAAUAAAGCUCAGAUUAAAGUCUAACAGAGACUUAGACAGAGCAGUACCUACACUUAGCAUCACACCCCCAGGGAAUGUUGAUGACAUCAGCUGCAAAGUGUCAGUAUACUCCUGUUUAUGUGCAGGACAGCUAACCACUCUGCCACACUGCACAAUCAAAGCAGUGGUGAGUGGUAACCCGAGCAUAGUGCAAUGUGUUUAUCUACUUCAGAUGAUUUUAUUUCUGCUUUAAUUUGUCAAAACACUAGAAAAUAUAUAUUAAUAUUUUUUUACAUGAACUUUAGGUCAGAAACUGUAGGACAAAACUAACUAUAACAGACUACUGAUGCUACUCCUUUGUGUCAGCCCCAAGCCAUUUCAGGAGACAAAGUGCAAUGAUUCUACAGAGAAAUGUAUACUCGAAAGAAUAUUGAUACUUUGCAGUGACAUCACUCUGGGGGUGUUCUGCAUGUGUGUCUUUGGAGUAAUGGUCAGCAGUUACCAUGGUGACACAAUGCCAAAAAACACCAAAAAAGUUAAACUC